UGUCUCUUAUUACAACGGAACAAGCACGUUGUGCACCUUGCGCGCGGUCUAAGAAGACUUAAAGUUACUUAAAGUCAGAAAAACGUAGACUUUGAGUUGAAGAAACUUACUUUUGGCUCCACCUGAUGAGACGCUGUUUGACUGCAGCAACAGUUCGGUGAUGUGGAUAUGGUCAUUACGCAUUGAGGCUGUGGCAAAACUCGGUGUUUGCUUGUAGAGCUGGACUUUAGAAAGCGUGUCGUCUCUGGGUUUCUUGCUCUUACUUUUGUCUGAACAGUCACAUGACGCAAAGAUUUACUUGGAGUCCAGGUUUUGUGGUGAGACUGAGUGUCAGCCCUUGGAGUUGCGUGUCUAUUUGCUUAUAACCCGAAAGGAAACAUGAACCUCUCCUUCUUCGACGUGACCCAGGGCGCGCUGUUCAACGGGAGUCAGACCCUCGCCGGGACACUAGCAACAUACUCCGGCAAUGGCACCGACAAUGUAGUGACUGGUGACGGUGGAGGGUCACUGGUGCUGGUGCAAGACGAGCGCAAACUAUUCGUCAUGCGUGUGGUGCAAAUCGCUGUGCUGUGCGUGUUGUCGCUCACCGUCGUGUUCGGUAUAUUUUUCCUCGGGUGCAACCUGAUGAUCAAAUCGGAGAGCAUGAUUAACUUCCUGGUGAAGGACCGGAGACCAUCCAAAGACGUGGAGACGGUCAUGAUCGGGCUCAGCUAGAGCAUGGAGAGCAGGUACUGUGGAGAUCUGGAGCGGAGCGGAGAUCCGGUAUGAGGAUCUGAUGCGCGUUUCCUACCGCAGGUCGAGAUCUGCACCUGCAUGUACUUCUCAAAGACGCUCUCUGUGUCUUACGAGGAACGAUAUGCAAAAACUUCCCAUUUCCUUCUGAAAAACGACUACAGUAAAGUAGUCCUGCGACUAAUGUCCGUGCGUAAAGUUUGUGCGUAAAACACGGGAAAUUGUUUACACGUGGGCCGAUCUGUUGAAUCUUUUUAGUGAAUUUAAUGUUGCCAAGUUGAACAAAGUGACGAAAAUGUUUACAAGCUGUUACCUCAUUUUUUGGUUUGGUUAGUUUUCUUUUGUAAAUUUGAAAUGAUUGUAAAUUAAUGUUUUUAAAACUGUCAACAAGCAUGAUUGUGAAUUCUUAUAGUUACACGUCUGCCAGUGUACCAUGUGGACGUGAUGGACAUGAUGUGGGUAUUCUCUAAACAAAGUAUUUUUCUUAGUCUUGUUUGGUAAAAACAUUAACUACUGACGCACGUUUUUCAAUAAAUCACAGCUUUAUGGGUGGUUCUGGUCCUGUUUGGCAUGCUGGCUAAUUGAUCUGUAAAGUGAUUUUUGGACCUGUUUUGCACUUUUGAAAUUGAACUGAUGCUGCAUGAAUUAUUUUGUACCAAAAGAAAUUGCAGCAUGCAAUUAAAACAUUGAAAUGACCAUAUUAAGC